UCGCCAAUCUUGCAACGACUUUCCCCACUCCUUCUUCCCGCCUCUGCCCUUCCAUGUGCACCGGACACACAUUUCUCUCUCCAGAGCGGACGGUGCAUGCAGGGGGCAAUAACUACAAGAAGUCCACCAUGGAAUAGGAAUACUACCUUGGACUAUAUACACUAUACACGGGAGGGAAAGCUUUAUCCUCUCUCUUUUUUCUGACGUCUUUUCCCCUCUUCCUCCCUCUCAAUGUCUCUCAACACUUUCUGAAGGGACCCAAGUAAAGAAAAAUGAGGAUUAAUAUUUUCUCUUGGCACUUUCUGGGCUUGUGUUCCGUCCUCUGGGGCUUGGCGACAGGAGCGUUCCCCAGCUCAGUGCAGAUUGGCGGGCUGUUCAUUAGGAAUACUGAUCAGGAGUACACAGCGUUUCGACUAGCUAUCUUCCUUCACAACACCAGCCCUAAUGCCACGGAAGCCCCCUUUAACCUGGUCCCGCAUGUGGACAACAUAGAGACGGCCAACAGCUUUGCAGUCACCAAUGCAUUCUGCUCUCAGUAUUCAAGGGGAGUCUUCGCCAUUUUCGGCCUUUACGACAAACGCUCAGUCAACACACUGACAUCGUUCUGUGGGGCCCUGCACAUCAGCCUAGUGACACCCAGCUUCCCCACAGAAGGAGAGGCGCAGUUCACCUUGCAGCUGCGGCCGUCCAUCAGGGGGGCUUUGCUGUCGCUGUUGGACCACUAUGACUGGAGUCGAUUUGUCUUUCUCUACGAUACUGACAGAGGUUAUGCGAUCCUGCAGGCAAUCAUGGAGAGAGCAGGGCAAAAUGGCUGGCAAGUGAGUGCAAUCUGUGUGGAGAGUUUCAACGAGGCUGGAUACCGCCGACUCUUAGAAGACCUGGAUCGACGUCAGGAGAGGAAGUUUGUCAUUGACCUGGAGCUAGAGAGGCUACAGAGCAUGCUAGAACAGGCAGUCAGCGUGGGAAAACAUGUAAAAGGCUACCAUUACAUCAUAGCGAACCUGGGAUUCAAGGACAUUUCUCUGGAAAGGUUCAUGCACGGUGGAGCUAAUGUGACUGGUUUCCAGCUGGUAGACUUCAGCAAGCCUAUAGUCAUUAAACUGAUGCAGCGUUGGAACAAACUGGAUCAGAGAGAAUACCCUGGAUCGGAAAGCCCACCAAAGUAUACCUCAUCUCUGACAUAUGAUGGUGUGUUAGUGAUGGCUGAGGCCUUCCGCACUCUCCGCCGUCAGAAAAUCGAUAUCAGCCGACGCGGAAACGCUGGAGACUGCUUGGCCAAUCCCGCUGCUCCCUGGAAUCAAGGAAUAGAUAUGGAGCGCGCGCUCAAACAGGUGCGCAUUCAGGGACUGACGGGCAAUAUACAGUUCGAUCACUUUGGACGGAGAGUAAACUAUACAAUGGACGUGUUUGAACUGAAGAGCAAUGGACCACGGAAGAUUGGUUACUGGAACGACAUCGACAAACUUGUCUUGGUGCAGAAUGAAAACUCCUUGUCCAAUGACAGCUCAGCGAUGGAGAACCGAACCGUAAUUGUGACGACCAUCAUGCCUCUGAUGAAGAAGAAGCCUCUGCUGCGACACUGAAGAUACAGCAGCGCAACGCACCUCACCCGAGUCCCUGGCCUUAUGGAGAAAGACACACAAAGACUGAUAGACUGAGUGUCUCUAAAGCUCUGCAUUUAAUGUGAAUGCAUUGUGCAUUUUGUUUUAGCUUAGCUUAGGAAGCUAAAUUUUUUGAAUGGCUUUUCUUUCACAGUAGUCUUUUGGCCUUGGGAAGUCUAUACUCUAUACUGAGUGACAUUCUGGUUAUACAAGGUCAUUAUAGCAUUGCUACAACAAAUCUCAUCUUUUGUGGAGUACAGUCGUCCCUCGCUACAUUCCGGUUCGAACAUCGCUCUAUCGCAUUUUACUAUAAUAAUUUGCCUAAAUGAAGCAUCUUCAAGAAUAAAAAUGGCUAAAUGAAGUAAAAUACAAAUAUAAGACCCCAUUGAAAUUGUGAAUGUAGUAUUGUACAUUGGUCACUAGGUGUCAGUAGUUGUUCGGUGAGACAAGCACCAGACUUGAUUGCCAGAACAACAGGCUUUUAUUGCAGGUUUAAAUGAUCUCACAACAAGCACAAUAAUAAUAACAUAAUAAUAAUAAUAAUGACAAUAACACAGGCGGGCCGCGCGGUGGCCUUGUGGCCUGUUGGCCACACAGUCAGGAGAUCGGGAAGAUCUGGGUUCGACUCUCCGUUGGGCAUCUCUGUGUGGAGUUUGCAUGUUCUCCCCGUGGUUUUCUCCGGGUACUCCUGUUUCCUCCCACAUUCCGAAAACAUGCAUGUUAGGUUAAUUGGAGACUCUAAAUUGGUAAUAGGUAUGAAUGUGAGCCUGAAUGGCUGAAUGGCUGUUUGUCUAUAUGUGCCCUGCGAUUGGCUGGCGACCAGUCUAUCUCACCCAAAGUCAGCUGGGAUAGGCUCCAGCAUACCCGCGGCCCUAGUGAGGAUAAGCGGCAUGGAAGAUGGAUGGAUGGAUAACACAGGCUACUAGCCGCAACCCCCGACAAGCUAAAACUCAACUCUGAACCCCUGACUUCACUUCUUGUCCUCCACAAGGAACUCAUUUUCUGUGACACACAAAAGCACAAGUCUUAAAUGGAUUCUUUUCUCUUACUGCUAUUUUGGGUAAUACAAAUGUAAAGGUGACUAUAGGAGUGUUAUUUAAUGUCUAGUAAUGUUACAAAUUUUAUUUAGAAGAAAGAAAUCAUACUUUGCGGAAAUUCACUUUUUACGGUCAGGUCUGGAACCAAUUAACCGCGAUAAACGAGGGAUUACUGUAUUGUACGAGGGGUGUAUGAAAAGCAGAAAAACUAAAAGGGGUAAGGGAUUUUUGAUCAUUUAUUUUUCAACAUAGUCCCCCUCAUGGGAUGAACGCUUGCUCCAACGGUGCUGAAGCGCUUUCAUCCCGGUGUAGAAGAACUCUUUUGUUUGGGACUCAAGAAACCCCUCAACUGCAGCUAUGACAUCAUCAUCACUGGCAAAAUGGCGACCAGCCAAGGCUUUUUUUCAUUUGGGGGAAAAGAUGGAAGUCGGAGGGGGCCAGGUCUGGCGAAUAAGGUGGAUGGGGAACAAGUUUGAAUAUAAGAAGCAUGUUAGAAUCUUAAACUUUGGUCGGAAUACUUACAAAAGGUUGAACUUUUAAAACAAUCAUAGGUGUGACCAUGCAUCGACGCUUCUUACACACAAUGUUUACAACUUUUCAUACACCCCUUGUAUAUCUAAAAUAAGUAUUCUGCCUCGAAUGUUACCAUUCAUUUCCACUGAGUUGAACGAUGCCAUUUGAAAUGAUUACAAUUUAGAAAUAAAAAUCAUAGAAGCCCAAAUAUGACUUCAUCUAAAAAAAAAAAAUCAGAUAAAAUGGAAUGAAGCGUCAAUAUUUCAUCAGGAUUUUAUUAUAUUGCACAUUUGAAGUAAUCCCAAUUUAAUACGGAAGACCCAACUGAGCAUGUUUAUAUGAUAUUGCUCUUUUAUCUCACAUUUUAAAAAAUCUUCACGUAGAAGACUCCCCUUUUGUGCUUUCUCCGUCCCCCCGUUCACAUGGUAAAAAAUCCCAAGCGUACCAAAAUGCGAUGGGUACAAGAAUAUAGGUUGUAGUAGUGAGGGUAUCCUCCUUCAUAGAUGAAAAAUGUGAAUGAAGCAUGCUGGUGUGAAAGCAUCUUUAAACUACUUGUUAACUUGAUGGGCGGCCUCAUGUUUCCACAUUACCGGUCAUCCAUCUUCAUCCCUCAGCUCCAUCACUUUUGUAAAUCUACUCAGUCAUGCCUGCCGGGUCGACUAGCCUCCUAUUUCAGUUCCUCUGAGGGAGGAGCUGUGAAGGUCAAGGCCAUAAUUGAAUUGAUUCUGUUGCCAGAUGCACAAAUGACACAUUCAGGAUUUAACCUUGAAUAUUAGGAUACAGUGUUCCCUCGUUUCGCGGGGCAUAGGUUCCCAAAAUAGCCUGCAAUAGAUGAAAUCCUCAAAGUAACCAACUUUAUUCUUUUACAAUUAUUAUAUAUGUUUCAAGGUUCAUUGGCAACACCUGGUACACCUGGGAUGCUAGGUGUUGCCGAUGAGCUCCCUGGAGGUGUCAUGGGCCUAUCAUUGAAACACCAAUGAAGGAGGGUGCCCACCUGACGACCCUAAUGAAGUUUGAAACCCACCCCCAAUAAAUUGUACAAAAAAAAAUCUACAAAAGCGCGGGAACACUGUACAUUUAUUUUAAAGUAUUACUGCCACUUGUUUACUUUUCUACCACCUCCAAUUAUGUGAAGUAACUUCUCAAGCUUAUACUCACCAGCCACUGAUGCGACACAGACGGCAGCAUUAUCACUUACACACAACUGACAAACUCAAAGUGACAUAUGGGCCCAUUUACACACUUAGCCUGCUGCCUCCAUGUAGAUCAUUCAUGCAUGCACGCCUUUACGCCUCCACACAAUAAAUAUCACAAACACUACCUGGAAGAGUAAAGUGCACUAAUGGUGAUCGAUUGUUAAGUCAAGUAGCGUUUCCUUUUUGUGCUUAGCAUGCAGUUGCUGUUUGUAUUGCUAACAGCAUCGACACGGCAAUGUCUUAUUUAUGCUGUUUUCUGGCUUUGGUUUUAUGGCUCAUAAAGAUGCUGUGUUUGGGGUUUUAUGUGCUCAAUAUUUAAAUAUUUGACAACAACAUUUGAUUAAACAAGGACAUUCUUUUUUAUUGUCCAAUAGAUGGUAGCUGGAGUACCAAAAUUACUUUUUCUGUUGUGAACACAGCCUAAAGGCUCUGUCCGACUGCACCAUUUAACAAUUCCAUCUGAAAAACAAAGGCAUAGUUUUUUUUUACUUCUUCCAUUCGUUGUUCAGCUGCUUUACAGUCAUAUCUACUGUAGAAGUUGACAGGCGGCGCUAGCUGUUCCAAACUUUAAACAUAAAAAAAUUCAGACAGCCAGUUUUGGAUAACAAUUUGUGCUUCUCAUGUGUUACUUUUUUGCAGUUUUCACCGUUACUCGGGCAAAAUCUUAUCACUUUUUAGUCUUUUAUGGCUGUUGGGCAGGUGGACUGCUCGUCUUCCUCCAACGAUGGAAGGCACUAUACGCAACAUAACAUUUUGACAACAAAAGAUAUGCUUUCACAGUCAUGACAUGUUAUAUACAGUGGAACCUUGGUUAGCGCCAUUAAUCCGUUCCAGAGGACUAAUUGAAACGGAUACUAACCAAAUCAAUUUUCCCCAUAAGCAACAAUGCAAAUCUAAUGAAUCAUUUCCAGAAAGCUAAAAAUUUUAACACGAAACAUUUAUAAUUAUAGUUUUACAUGCAUAAAACAAUGACACGAUGUGGAUUGUUUUUUGCAUGUAAAACUAUAAUUGUAAAACUAUAAAAAUGUGUUUUGUGUUAACAUUUUUGAGAGUCAACCGCUGAUGACAUAGCCGAGCGACGUAGAUGACUUCUGAUUCCUGUUGCCAUGUAGUAGCAAGCUAAUAAGAUGCUAACAAGGAAGUUUCGUCAUUAAAAAUGCAAUAAGAACACAGUUGGACUCAUGCAGGUUAUUAUCAACACGACAAGGCACACGCCAUAUUCUCCACUAACCGGAAAAUGUACGCAAACCGAGGCAAAAUUAUGGCGUAAUUUUUUUACGUUAACCGAAAAACAUGCUAACCAGGGCGGACACUAAGGCGGACACUGAGGUCCCACUGUAUUCACAUAUUUCAUGUAGGCAGGCCGCUCCCUCUCUUGCAAUGCGGUAGGUCGCUUGUGGGACUCGGCAAGUUCCUUGCACGGGACCUCGAAGUAUGAGAGUACUCCAAAAUAAACAGUAGAUAAGAAUGAUCCAAAUAUAAUUUCAAACCAUGCGAUGUGAAUUGUCCAGAGUCUACGCCAGUUGUGAUUAGGCAAUGAGCGGAGCUUGGCCUUUUAAAAGACACAAACUGGAUGUUGAUAGACGUAAUGCUGACAUUUUUCAGCUACUUUGUUCGUUACUUCAAACAGACGUUACUCAGGCGUUCAAUAUUCCGUAAACUGGGCUCAAUGAAAAUGUUCAUAAUUAAGCAUCCAUCCAUCCAUCCAUCUUCUAUGCCGCUUAUCCACACUAGGGUUGCAGGGAUGAUGGAGCCUAUCCCAGCUGACUUCAGGCGAGAGGCGGAGUACACCCUGGACUGGUCGCAUGCUUAAGCAUUUAGGAGUUAUUCAUGAUGUUCUAUCUACCGUAUCUAACGUAUGGGACCCUUAAGUAACUUGUUAACAUGCUUAAUGGACAUACAAGUGUAAAAGGAAGUUAACACAGGAGCUCGGGGAUUAUUUGUUGCUCCAGGGCUUAGCAAUGGAGUAACUCCAACCCUGUCUGGAAUCUUCCUGAAAUGUUGUUGAGUUCUAAAUUGGUUGACAUUUAGAAAGUUAAAAUAUGGAGGUUCUGCUACACAGUCAGUUUUCUGAGAAUGAAAAAAUUAUUGUACAAAAGCCGAGUAAAUAUUCAUGUAAACUAGCUCCUCUAUAAAUGGAAAAAAAAGACGACAAUGUUAACGAGGUCCUCUGUUGGGGAAGCUAAGUUGGGUUGACUUGACCAAACCAUACAAUGACAGAGGAGCUAAAUUGUUGAAGUGUUUGCUCUUUUUCUGUCUCAAUAGCUCAGAGACAAUCACGCUGACUCACUGGGCCGAUACAUCAGUGAGUGGACGAUUAUGUGCUGUAAUUUGACUAAUUGAGGAAUAAAUAGACUUAUUAUCCAGCUGACAGACUCAAAUAGGCUGUGACCGUUUGGCUCGACCCCCUGGCCAUUGCAGUGUAUGGCUCGCAGGGUGAUUAAUGCCUACGUCGUUGGCUAACUCAUUACGUGACAGUCUGGCUUUUUGCAAUAGUGUUGACUGAAUGACUGGACGCUUCGUGUGCAUCUGCAUGCCCUGACAAGCUCACACACGGCGAGUCUUGUCUGCCUCUUUGGGAACCAAUUGGGAACCUUUUAUGUCUUAUCAGCCCAAACCAUUUGCUCCUACAAAGCUCAGCCCACCAACUUUUUCUACUUUAUAUCCGUUGGUCCAUUUGUUCUUACUCAUUAUGUUACUCCCCCCUCCCCGUCGCCCCUUUGUCGUAGUUUCUCUUUAUCUCUGUUUCACACUUUGCUGUUUCAAAUUCAAAAUCUGCCCAUGUCGGUCUCUGUUUGGAUUCUGAUCUGGCCCUUCAUCUUUCAGUCUCUCAAGUUUAAACAGGCAAUACAUUCAAUGCGUCACUUUCUCUUGAUCAGAGUUCCAUUUAUACAGUUUGAUAAUUGCUCUCAUUUCCCUUCAUUUUUGCCCCCUUCUGCCUCUUCCUACUUGGCCUUCUAUGACUCCUGACAUUACAGUAUAUUAGUAGACAGACAAGCGUGAUGCUGUCCUCCCAGCAGCAAGCACACACGCACGCAGCACGAGCAUUACCUUCACACUGAGACAAAGGCAUCUGGGGCAAACUGAUAAGAAACCUUCAGGAGAAUUUUAAGUGAAACUGGCAGUGUUCCCACUGGUGGGUGUGUGUGUGUGUGUGUGUAUGUUGCUGAUUUGGCUGAUCAAAUUUCAAGCACUUAACCUUCCAACAGGAUGAACUUGAGGGCAAUUUGAAAAGGAGACAAGUGAUUGUGUUUUGCUUGUUAGCAGAAAUUGAUCCAAUUAUUAGAUGAAUGACGAAUGAAUAAUAAAAUAUGAAGGCAAUAUCAAGGAAUUGCUGUUAAUCAGUAGAAUUAAUGUUUGUUGUUUUGCAUAUGUGUAUACGCUCAUGAUUUUGCACUCUUGGAUCUUAAGGAGGUUCUAAGCACAGCUUCAAAAUGCAAAAAGAAGAAAUGGGAGUGAGACAAUUUAUUGCAAACAAGCAUUACAGUGAAAUGGACUGUUCAUCAGCUGAUCAAACGUUUAAGACAAUAGCUCAAAACAACACCCCCUAAAAUAAAAUUGAAAUGUUCAAAAAAGGACUCAGCAAUGAAUAGCUGCGCCAUUCUUGUUAAACACUUCAUUGUGACCUGCAGCGGUGUCCUGUUGACAACGCCAUUCAUUAAAACGCAGACGAGGGCCUUCAGUCAUGAGGGAUGCCCCCUGAAACAUCUCCACAUAGCCAUCUGCCGUUUGACGCCCCUCCACAAGCUGAAGCUCAUUCCAGUAAUGUUGGAAGCCAUCAGUCAAGAUUGGAUUUUUUCUCAUAAUAAUAAUACUUUCUUCCACCUUUCAAUGACCCAUGUUUGGUGCUCUUGUGCAAAUUCCAAAUGGGCAAUUUUGUGGCGUUGAAGGAGACGAGGCUUUUGUAGACAUUCUUCUAAAAACCCUUCUCUGACAAAUGGUUGGUUAUGUUGGUUAUUGGACUGCACUUAGCACCAGUAACAGCCGAGAAUCGUUCCUGACAUUGUUUUAUGUCUACCACUUGACUUUUUGGUUCCAUAACGCUCAGGAUAUUUGAAGAAGUUUUAAAUGACUGUCAUACUGCGUCCAACCUCAGCAGCAGCGGCGCGCUUAGGCCUUGCUUAUGCAACUCAACAAUCCAAACACAUUCAAAGAGCAAAAGCUUUUUUGCCUUUGCUAUCAAGAGAUCAUGACAGUGUGAAUACCUAACAAAAAAUUAUAUUGAAUCCAUAUUUUUGUCAAGAUGUUGUUUUUUGAAGGCUUAACCCUUGGAUCAGCUGAUGAACAGUCUACUUCACUUAAAUUCUUGUCAGCAAUAAAUUGCUUACUUAAAACAAUGUUUUUGUCUCACUCCCAUUUCUUUUUUUUGUAUUCUGAAGUUCUACUUAGAAUCUCCUUAAGAUCCAACGAUGCAAAAUGUAAAUUCUUGCAAUUUUUCAACUGGUCUUAACAUUUUAAUCAGGAGUGUAAUAGGGGUGUCACGAGACACCCAACUCACAAGACGAGACUAUGCAAAAGAUUGAGUCCACGUGAAUGAGAUGAAGAGUUUAACAUUACUUCGAACAAAUUCGACAUAUUGGCUCGUUUGUGUUGUGUUGUAAGCUUUGCUUAUUAUAAAUAUUCCUGAAGGGGGCUGUGGCAUUUGACUUUCAUCAUGGUUAGUCCUCCUAAUUUCUAUUUCAAAUCAUCUUUUGUCCUCCUAAUUUUCGAGUACAUAUCCUUGCAUUGCUCCUCAUGAGACUCUCUUGCUGUGCUGUUUGUGUAUGCUUGUGGCCCCGCUUCUCCCCACAGAGACAAAGUGACUUUAUGACUGCAAGGUUUCACUCCAUUGCUCUAUCAAACGCUGUUGUUCCAUGAAGCGUCUAGGUGUUGAACCAAUGCACAGAGUGAACGCUCUUCCUGCCUGUUUGGAGGCGAGAGAUGAGAAAAACAGACAUUCAUUCACAUGGCAAUAUUUGAAGACCGGCAAGAUUAUCAAGUUCAUUUUCAUUUAUCACGUGAUUACCUAAUUUUAUUUUAAUUUUAAUAAUUGCGAGACAUUUUUUUUCUGAACAAAACCUGAACUCUUGUGACACGAGACCUUGUGACAAACCUAGUAUAUAAUUCCUAAUUAUAAAAAUGAUGUUGCAUUAUUUUGUAUUUCAUUGUAUCUGAAACCAGUCAGUUUUCUUCUGUCUAGUCACAGCAACAUUAUUAAGGCGUAGUCACUACCUGCCAUAUUGAGUGGGGUGAGCGUGUGAUGUGCUAUUCUCUGCUAAAACACUAGGGGCAGUGUUUUCUUGACAGUGAGCAAACACAACUCUUGUUGACUAGCUGGUCAGCUUCCUGUGUAGUGGCAGUAAACAAUGACUAGUUUUAACGCUACGUCCAGAUCAUGGUUGGAGCCGGAACUAUUCUUUUUGAAACACUUUUAUUGUUCAUGUUGCACCAAAACCGGAGGAGAAGAUGUUAACAAAGGUGGGCUGUGCAGCCCCUGAACAAUCAAGGUAGAAAAUGCUGGAAAUGAUGUACUAAAAGAAGCUGACCAAUCACAGCUCUGUGAUCUACCUUGCCUUUGAGGCAAAGUUACAUUUUUUGUAUGUGCAUGUCAAGCUCCGCCAGAGUGUAUGGAGGGGGAGGAGCCAGAAGGCGCUGCUUAUCUUGUUUCCUGACGUUUGUAAAGAGACCAAAUUAAAUGUAUUAACAAUUAAGAAUGUUAAUUUGAAGCAAAAAGCACAUGAGUUACACCUUUAAAUGAUAAGAGUCUGGUCCCGAGCUGUCGUUGGGAUUUCUCCGGGUGACAUUCCCAGUCAGUGAGCAGCUUAUGAGGAUGACAGUGUUGAUCUACGAGAGGACGCACGUCUGCUGUUCAUUAAUUUCAUGAUUCAUGUUGAGUCAGUGGAAUGAGCGCCAUGGGACCUGCUAAUGUUUCUGAUAAUGUCAUUGGGGGAGAAAAACGUUUUUGUAAGUUCUGACACAAUAGGGCAAUAUAGUUAUUUGAUGGUUAUAUUAAAGCAGAUUCAAAUGUAAAAUAUAUUAAUAUCAUAAAUUAAGGGCGUACGCACAUCCGAGCAAUCAUACUGUGCUGGGGCCCACUUCACACAAGUCCAGCAUGUUGAUCUAGUGUGAAUGUACACACACACGCACACACACACACACACACACACACACACACACACACACACAAUGUAGCCAAGUCAUAGAAUGACUGUCAUGCAAUCGCAAGUUAUCAGGAGACUCCAAAUAAUCCAAAAGUCAAACCCACGGCACGCUCACUCACUCGUUACUACAUUUGCAUGCGUAGUAAAGACAUGUCACUUAACUCGAAAUUGCAGUAAUACAGCAGUGUAGAAUUGAUUGGACAAGCACAUGGACUGAAGCUCAGUGUGAGCGCUGGCUAGCAGCAGAUGGAGGGGCUAUCGUGCCCAAGCCCAGCACGGUAUAAAUGGCGAUGUACUAUGAGUCAUAAAGUGAGUACUGCACUACCUAAAAAAACAUUUUAAUUGUCGUCACCUUUGGAGUAAAUGCUUUUGCAUAAACAAAUCCUAAUUCCCUCACAUUGUUUCAUAUCUAUAUGAAGGACUUUUUUGGUAUUUUCAUUUACCGUAUAUGUAAAUGCAGAAUGAACAAUACCUAAUGAAUGGGAAAUUGAUUGGUACACCUUGCCAUGACAACUUUGGCAAGAUGAAAUAGAUAAUAAAUGUGGAGUUGGUGCUCCAGCUUCCACUUCUCACACGGCUAUUACUAAAUAGUUAUCCUUUGCUCUCAUGUAUUAUCCACAUAGCUGGAGCUCGUUGAAGCUUGAUAACUUGAUAAAUCACAGAUUUGUGUUUGAUUAAAAGGGGCUCAAUAGCAUUUUAAUAGGCUUGCUUCGGUUGGAUUACAAGGGCAGCAGCCUCAGGCAUAAUACAAUAACUCACCACUGAUGAUGGAUGUGCCAUCACUCACAAGUGUGUGUGGGUGUGUACGAGAGAGCGUGCUUGAUUUCUAAUGCUUAAUACGAACAUACCAAACCAUUACACUCACUUGUUACUUUCAUCUUUGGAAACCGUACACUGACAAAAGUCAUUUUGCCUCUCACAACGCGUCCUCAAAGCAAAACCGUUCCUCCCUCGCUUGUAUUUGACUUCUCGAGAAAAUCUCUCACUCUCAGCAUCAGCGUCAGUGUAGCACUGAGUCAGGUGCACAUCCCAGUGGAGGCAGAUCAAGACUUGAAAUAAGGCACACAAAGUCAGCGAAACUUCCCAAAGAAACCAUCCAGCAUCUAUGUAGGGGAAGAACUGAUGUAAUAUUGCAUUUUUCAACUAAUGUGUAAGGUGGAUGGAUUUUCUCAGCUUGUAAUAGUAAUAAUACUCAAAACAAUAAAAGAAAGAAAAAGUAAAAAUAGAAAGAAAAAAAAUAUGUGUUCAUUUUGCCCUAUUCUUUUACCUGUACUGUGUAUGUACUAUGUAUGUACUAUACUGUAAUAUGAAUUGUGUCUUUUUUAUUGAUUUUUUUUCAAGUAUGGCACUGCUGUCUACUAUUUCUGUUGACGACGGAAAGAAGAUGCAUUUGUACUUAAUGUGUUACAUAAAACUACGCAUGUAACAUUUCUUGAACAUUUAUAAGAUGAAUGCUUUGACAGACUGACUUCAUCGCUCAGAAAUAAAUAACAAUGAUAUGAGUCUGUUUGUGUCCCAUUUGUUCUUCCACUCUUGCUUGUUUUUCUCGUUUGUUUUCCCGUUUUUGUUCAUAUUUUAUCAGU